CCAUCAUGCACCAAAUCUCGUUAGGGCCAAAUCUCACGAGAUGUGUGCAAAGGACGAGACUAGCAGACCAAAGAUGGCGAAACCCGGAAGAAGUUUCACCACAUUGUUGUUUUUUGUUUGUUGUCUAUUGUGUUUGUUGUUGACACGAGGACAGAAAGAUGAGAGAAUGUCCAUCUGUCAUCUGAGUUCUUGUGGCAGCCCCCUGGCCGAUGAUGGUAAGGUGUACGGGAUGUGUCAGGGCAGACAUGGACUACAGGUGUGGGGAAGGUGCUGUGUCAAUGUGACGGAAAACACUCACAACUUCACUGUUGGGUUGGACCUUAGUGGAUGCAACAUCCAUGAUGAAUUCUUCCAGGAGUCACCUCUUCUCACACUAACACAUCUUCAAGCACUGGUGCUCGACAACAACCCAAUUACUGUGCUAUCAAGUGAAGCUGUUGCUGGUCUGACAGAGCUUAAUUACAUAUCUGUACCGACCCAUUCCAACUGUUCUUGCCCCGGAGGUGAGGAGGCUUGGAACCACCUCAUCAGAUCAGUCAACACAACAUUGUGUUUGAAACAGACUUCCACAUGUACAAGAUACAAUGAGGCCUGUCCUGCAUCAAGUUCUCAUUGUGUAGAGGAUGGACCAGGUUUAUUCCUCUGCCUCUGUAAGGAGGGAUAUCAUGGAUAUAAAUGUCUAAGACAGGGCACUUUUCCAAUGUCAGCCUUCCUGGCAGGACUCGGGAGCAGCACUGUCAUACUGGCAGCUGUUCUGUGGGUGCUACUGAGACGACAUGUGAAGACUGCAUGAGCUGUACUCUAAUUACUAAUAGUAGCAGUGCAUCACUUUCAUCCUUGGUCAUUGUAUGACUUCAAUGUCAUGAGAUGUUAGAGCAGGCUGUGACAAAACCAAAGACACCAUUUUGCGUAAUAUACAGCUGAAUUUUGUAUGACACGUACAGCUGUCCAAAGAAUGCUCUAAGUUUGCUAUUGUAUGGCAAUCUUUACCAUCCUAAGCCAAAAAUGUUUCCCUGUGGAAAAUUUGUGGUACAUCAUACAUGUAUGUUCAAAAUGUAUCUUUUGCACUGAAUAUUGUAAUACAAUGUACAGUGAAAAUUCCUUGCUUUUUUACUAGCUAGUACUAGUAAUAUACUAAAUCCAAUAGUGUUCAUCAUAAUGCCCUUCCCACUGUUAAUAAAAGUGAAGAAUUCUAAGAGCAUGA